AUGCGCUCCCCCCGCGUAUUUACAGGUAUCCUCCUCACUUGCGAUUCCGCGGUGAAGCAGAUACUGCUCACCAUGAACGACAAAGAGCACUUCAUAAUCGAGGACCUUGACGACUUCCACGUCGUCAUCAAGGCCGAAGCGGAGUGGAAAGUCAGACGCGACCUCGAGGUCGAGCUUGAGAAGAACACGUAUAGUUUGGAGUGA